GAUAUUUUACUUAUAAAAAAAAACGGUUAACCGGUAAUCUAAAUAAAUGCCCAAACACAAACAAUUGGAGUUGAAUAAUAAUUUAAUUGAUGAUAAACAAAUUGUGCCAGUGACAGAAAUAUUUAUUGAAAAUUAAUUGGAAUAAACACAAGGGAAUAAUGAAAACGUCACGACCAAAGGCCCCAAUGUCGGCCAGAAAACCUGCUAAACCAAGAUUUCCAAAUGUGUCAUCAAAAGAUCCAGUACAAGUUUAUUGUAGAAUAAGACCAAUGCAAAAUCCAACAGAUGAAUCAUGUAUGAAAAUAAUAUCACCAACAACAUUAGUUAUAACACCACCAGAAUCAGCAAUUAAUUUUCGUAGUAAUAGUAAAGAUAUACAAACAUCAUUUACAAAAAUAUUUGACGAUAAUAUAUCACAAAAAGAAUUAUUUAAUGAAGUUGCAUUGCCAUUUGUUGAAAAUUUAAUUGCUGGUAAAAAUUCAUUGUUAUUUACAUAUGGUGUUACUGGUAGUGGUAAAACAUACACAAUGACUGGUGAUGCAAAUGAUGUUGGAAUAAUGCCACGUUGUCUUGAUGUAUUAUUCAAUAGUAUAACAAAUUAUCAAGCUAAAAAAUAUGUAUUUAAACCAGAUAAAUUAAAUGGUUUUGAGGUACAAAGUGAUGCUGAUGCAUUAAUUGAUCGUCAAACUGAAUUAAAUGCUGGUUUAACAACACCAAGAAAUCCAAAAAAAGCUAAAAGAAUGAUUGGACAUGAUAGUGAUACUGAUAGUAAUCCACCAAGUUCAAGAGAACGUGAUGAAUCAUUAAUUAUUCAAGUUGAUCAAGAUAAUUCAUAUGCUGUAUUUGUAACAUAUGUUGAAAUAUAUAAUAAUAGUGUAUUUGAUCUUUUAGAUGAUAAUAUACCAGAAGAUCCAAGAUGUGGUGGUGUUCCUAAAAAUUUACAAUCAAAAUUAAUAAGAGAAGAUGGUAAUAAAAAUAUGUUUGUUCAUGCUGUUACUGAGGUUGAAGUUAAUAGUCCAGAGGAUGCAUUUCAAGUAUAUAAUCGUGGACAAAGAAGACGUAGAGUUGCACAUACAGCUCUUAAUACUGAAUCAAGUCGUUCACAUUCAACAUUUACAAUAAGAUUAGUACAAGCACCACUUGAUUGUGAUGGUGAAAAUGUUAUACAAGAUAAACGUGUUAUAAAUAUUAGUCAAUUAUCACUUGUUGAUCUUGCUGGUUCUGAAAGAACAAAUAGAACUAAAAAUACUGGACAAAGAUUACGUGAAGCUGGACAAAUAAAUAAUUCAUUAAUGACAUUAAGAACAUGUUUAGAAAUAUUACGUGAAAAUCAAGUACAAGGAAUUAAUAAAAUAGUACCAUAUAGAGAAUCAAAGUUAACACAUUUAUUUAAAAAUUAUUUUGAUGGUGAAGGUAGUGUUAGAAUGAUUGUAUGUGUUAAUCCACGUUGUGAUGAUUAUGAUGAAACAAUACAAGUUAUGAAAUUUGCUGAAAUAACACAAGAAGUACAAGUUACAAGACCAACUGUACAAAAAAUUGAUAUGGGUUUUACACCUGGACGUAGACAAGCUAAUAAAUUAUUUAAAGAAGCUAAAAAUAAAAUUGAUAAAGAUGAUACAACUGAUUUAUUACAUACAAAUGAUAUUGGUUUUGUAUAUAGUUUAGGUGGACAAUUUCCUGAACUUGAAUUAACAAAUCCUCAUAAUGAUCGUAUUAUUAAAAAUCUUAUUAAUUUUUUACAACAAAGAAUUAAUAAAAAAAAUAUAUUACGUAGUGAUUUAACAGCUAAACAAAAUGAAUGUCGUAAAAUUUUACAUAACAUGGAAAAAGAUAAUAUUGAGCUUAGAAUUGAUAAUAGUUCAUUGAAAAAUUGUAAUGAACAACAAAAAGAAAAAAUAAAUACAUUUUAUACACAUGUACAUGGUACUGAAACUCAAAAUGAUCAUUUAUUUAAUAAAUUAAAAAAAGCUGAUGAUAUUAUCAAGAGUCUACGUCAAGAAAUACAUCAUAAAGAAUUUUUAUUAAAUCAACAAUUAUUAAAUGAAGCUAAGCUAAAAAAAGAUUAUGAUGUUAAAUUACAAAAUGAAUCAGAUAAAAUUAAACGUGAUGCACAAAGAGAGUUGAAAUAUAAAAAUCAAAAAAUAAUAACACAUAAUAAACAACUUGAGGAAAAAGUUAAACGUGCACAAGAAAUAUUUACAUCAAAUUUACCAAUAUCAACAGUUGAAAGUAAUAAUGUCAAUGUACAUGAACAAAUUAAUAAAUGGAAUAAACAACAGCCAUCAACUGGCAAUGAUAAUAGAACAAGAAAAGUACCAGUUGUUAAUUUACGUAGUAGAAGAUCACGUAGUACAGAGGGACGUUGGGUUAGUCAUCAAGCAAAAAAUUUAGUACCACUUGAUACUGUUUUACAACCACGUGUAGCACGUAAAAGUUUAUCAAAAAUGUUGGAUCCAAAAGAAGUUACUGGCUCAUCAAGAUAUUGUUUGAUUGAUCAAGAACAAGAUACUGAUGGUGAACUUGAAACAAAAGUAUACAAGGGUGAUAUAUUACGAACAAGUGGUGGUGGUGCACAAGUUGUUUUUAAUGAUGUUGAACAUCUCAAACAAAUGUCACCAACUGCUGGAAAAAAAAGAUCAAGUAAUGCCAGAGACAAUAAUGAAAAUCAAAAUAUUCCAGCUGACAAUAAACGACCACGAGUCAAUCGUUAGUAUUAUUAUUCAAAAUAAUAUUAAAUACUCUCUUUAUAUCAAAACAUACUCACUUAUAUUU